AUGCCGCGCCUGGCCGUUUUUGCGCCACGCCCAGCUGUUUUCCCACCCCUGAGGCGUGGUCUGUGGAUGCCAGAACGGAUUAACGUGAAAAAUACAACUGAUCUGGAAGCUCAAGUAAUAACAGUCAAGGAACCCUGUGCAAAAAUGGGAUUACGAUUAAAUAUAAAUGAGGCAACAGACUGUGUGAUGUCUCCUGCAGUGUGUGCCAUUCCUGACUCUCUGAAAGUGCAGUACCAAUAUUAUCAGCCAGGUGAUGUGAUAAUUGGUGGGAUAGUUUCACAGCUUUUCUCCUUUUCUGAAGGAACAGACUUCAGAACACACCCUGCACCCAAGUGUGAUGUUGAACCUGUUGUAAUGCUGAAAAAAUAUCAGCACACCCUAGCCUUGGCGUUUGCUGUGAACGAAAUCAAUGGAAACAGCAUGAUCUUACCCAACAGCACCCUGGGAUUUCAUGUCUAUGAUAGCCACUUUGAUGCCCAGAUAACUUAUCAGAAUACACUGAACCUUCUCUUUAAUCAGAAGCCGACUAUCCUCAACUACAGCUGCAGCAAGAAGAUUCCAGCAGCUGUCAUUGGGGGUACUGACUCAGAAACCUCCCUCCACAUAGCUAGUAUUUUAGGCAUCUACAAGAUUCCUCAGGUCACCUACUGUUUAUAUACUCCUCCAGUGAAUGAUAUAAGCCACCCCUCUUUCUUAUACCGCAUGGUUCCUAAUGAAGCGCAUCAAUACACUGGGAUUGUCCAGCUAUUGCUUCAUUUUCAGUGGAAGUGGGUUGGAAUGAUGGCCAUGGAGGAUGAUAAAGGAGAAAAGUUUGUGCAGACCUUGGAACAUUUUUUUUCAGAUAAUGGAAUUUGCAUUGCCUUCGCUGAACGAAUGCCACUCCAAAGCAGUAUUUUAGGUGUGGUUAGUUUCAAUAGCAUGUUUAGAGAAAUGGCCCUGUUGCUCAGUGAAGCAAAGGUUAAUGUCUGCAUUGUAAGCGCUGAUGCUCAUAUGAUGUUAGAUUUGCAGAUAGUGCUCAAUCUUGCCGAAUCAGACAUGAUGGUGCCUGUGCAGAAGCUUUACCAUUUCCUAAGUCGAGUCUCCUUUAAUAACAGUGCUGGAGACAAGGUGUCUUUUGACCAGAAGGGUGAAUUGCUAGCUGGAUUUGACAUUAUCAAUUGGGUUACUUUCCCUAACAAAUCCUUCAUGAAAGUGAUAGUAGGACAAAUGGAUCCUCAAGCACCAUCAGGCAGAAAGUUUUCCAUCAAUGAAAGAAAAAUCACAUGGCAUGACCAUUUUAAUCAGACUAUACCUCUUGCUCUGUGCAAUGAUCAUUGCCCUCCAGGUUCCAGAAAGAAAAGGAAGGAAGGGGAGCCAUUUUGUUGCUAUGAUUGUAAUCCAUGUGCAUCAAGAAAGUUUUCAAAUAAGAGAGAUAUGGAUGACUGCUUAGACUGUCCAGAACAACAAUAUCCAAACAAGGAAAAAACCCUAUGCAUUCACAAAGUUCUAAUUUUUUUGUCUUACAAUGAAACUUUAGGCAUCACUUUGACUGUUUUGGCUCUGUCUUUUUCUGUGACCACAGCAGUGGUACUUGGAAUUUUCAUAAAACAUCGGAAUACUCCCAUUGUCAAAGCCAACAACCAGAAUCUCACUUAUAUUUUGCUUGUUUCACUCUUCCUCUGCUUCCUCUGUUCCUUGCUCUUCAUUGGUCAGCCCCAAUUACUGACUUGUCUUCUCCGUCAAAUUGCUUUUGGGAUCAUCUUCUCAGUUGCUGUUUCUUCAGUUUUGGCCAAAACCAUCACAGUGGUUCUAGCUUUUAUGGCUACCAAGCCAGGAUCAAAAAUGAGAAAAUGGGUGGGGAAAAGAUUUUCAAACUCUCUGGUUCUCUGUUGUUCCUGCAUUCAAGUAAGUAUUUGCAUAUUAUGGUUGUGUACUGGCCCUCCAUUCCCAGAUUUGGACAUGCAUUCUCUUCCAGAAGAAAUUGUAGUUGAAUGCAAUGAAGGAUCAGGCAACAUGUUCUAUUAUAUUCUAGGAUAUAUGGGAUUUCUGGCUCUCAUCAGCUACAUCGUGGCUUUCUUUGCUCGGAAGCUGCCAGACACUUUUAAUGAAGCCAAAUGUAUUGCUUUCAGCAUGCUCGUGUUUUGCAGCGUGUGGGUGUCUUUUGUCCCAACGUAUCUCAGCACCAAAGGAAAAUACAUGGUAGCUGUGGAGAUCUUCUCCAUUUUGGCUUCCAGCAUUGGAAUAUUAGGAUCUAUCUUUUCCCCUAAAUGCUACAUAAUUGUCGUGAGACCAGAACUGAAUACAAAGGAGCAGCUAAAAAUGAGAAACUAG